CUCUUCACAGCGGACGCACACCUCCAAGCUCUACCAUGACCACCGUGGCCACCGGAAACAACAACUGUCACCUCAGGUGUGUGGACUCCUCUGGUUAGCCAUGGUGAGGUCCCCACCUCUGCGGCUGCGCCCUGACGGAACAUGCCGGCAUUCCAGAACCACGACCCCGGUGGGGGUGCACCCACAAUGCCGCAGGGAAAAGCCCGGGCACACAACAUACGGCCCCACGUUUUCCUCUUCGGCGUCUCGGCACCCCAAUCCACAGGAAAAAAACUCCAGGCACAUAACCAAUAGCCCCAGUUUCUCCGCACAGCCCCGCCAACAGCCCAAACCCCAUCCUUCUGGACCCCGGUUCCGUAGGCUCUCCCUGGCAUCAGCUGUUUUGUGGGUGGCGGUUCUGGUGUGCGGGGUUCUGCCCGGCUGGCCCGGCGGGCCCUCCUUGGUGGGGGUGUCGGCGGGCGAGACCUGGGGCAUGGUGUCCAUCUGCCCGUUCCACUGCGUGUGCCGCAACCUCUCCGAAUCCCUCUCCACGCUCUGCGUCAACAAGGGCCUCCUGUUCGUGCCGCCGGACAUCGACCGGCGCACCGUGGAGCUCCGGCUGGCCGACAACUUCAUCGUAGAGGUGGGUGGCUCGGACUUUGCCAACAUGACGGGCCUGGUGGACCUGACGCUGUCGCGCAACACCAUCCAUGCACUGCGGCCCUUCGCCUUCGCCGACCUGGAGAGCCUGCGCUCCUUACACCUGGAUGCCAACCGCAUCGUGGUGGUGGGAGGACAGGACCUGAGUGGCCUGCUCAACUUACAGCACCUCUUCAUCAACAACAACCAGCUGACGGACGUGGCAGCGGACGCGUUUGACGACUUCCUCCCCUCGCUGGAUGUCCUGGACCUGUCCUACAACAACCUGCGCCGCGUCCCCUGGGAGGCCAUCCAGAGCAUGGCCAGCCUCACCUCCCUCAACCUCGACCACAACCUCAUCGACCAGAUCGCCGAGGGCUCCUUCGGGGAGCUGUACAAGCUGGCACGCCUCGACAUGACGUCCAACCGCUUGCAGACGCUGCCGCCCGACCCGCUGUUCUCGCGCUCGCAGCUGGGCGCGGUGAACCCCACGCCGUACUACCCGGUCAUCAGCCUGAGCUUCGGGGGCAACCCGCUGCACUGUAACUGCGAGCUGCUGUGGCUCAGGAGGCUGGUGAGGGGGGACGACAUGGAGACCUGCGCCACGCCUCCACACCUGGCCGGCCGGUACUUCUGGUCCAUCCCCGAGGAGGAGUUUGUGUGCGAGCAGCCGCUGAUCACGCGCAGCACGGGCCGCCUCUGGGUCCUGGAGGGCCAGCCGGCCACGCUGCGCUGCCGGGCCAUCGGCGACCCGGAGCCGCUGGUGCACUGGGUGUCGCCGGACAGCCGCAUCGUGGCCAACAGCAGCCGGGUGCGCUCGUACUACAACGGGACGCUGGAGGUGCUGGUGACGCGUGCCAGGGACGACGGCGCGUACACCUGUAUAGCCAUCAACGCCGCCGGGGAGGCCACGGCGGCCGUGGAACUCAAGAUUGUGCCGAUACCGCACCGGGGGAACGGCACGGUGUCCGCAGUGGACGCCCGAUACCCCACAGACCCCUCCUCCUCGGAUAUCAGCACCGCUGAAAGAGGAGGAGGGGGAGGAGGAGGAGCGGGAGGGGUAAGAGAAGGAAUAGGAACAGGGGUGGUGCACAAUGUCACUGUGGAUGAUAAGGACUUGGGGGUGACUGGGGAUGUGGACAAGGAUCGGUCGGAUACGGAAUCUCCGGUUUCCGGUGGCAACAGGGCCCGGGGAGGAGCCGGAGGUGGUAGCGGUGGGGGCAAGGAGCGAUUGGUUGGGGUGCUGGGCGUGACGUCCAACUCGGCUCAGGUGCGCUGGGCCAUGGGACGCUCGGCGGCGCCUUACCUGGUGUGGAUGUACCAGAUCCAGUACAACAGCACAGCGGACGACGCCCUGGUCUACAGGAUCCUGCCGCCCAACAGCCAGAGCUUCGUGCUGAAGAACCUGGUCCCCGGUGCCGACUACAGCCUGUGCGUGCUGGCCGUGUUCGACGACGGGGUCUCCACCUCGCUGGCCACCACCAAAGUGGUGGGCUGCACCGCCUUCAGCACCAAGGAGGACUUCCCAGAGUGCCGCUCGCUGCAGGCCCACUUCCUGGGCGGCACGCUGACCGUGCUAGUGGGCGGGGUGAUCGUGGUGACACUGCUGGUGUUCACGGUGGCCAUGAUGGUGCGGCACCGCGUCUGCGGGGACUGCCGCGACGAGCGCAUCCAUGGCGGAUGUGGCGCCGCCGGCGGCUUCCUGUCGGGGAAAGGGGGCGUGGACGUGUUCGCGCAGACCAACGGGAGCGGAGGGCCGGCGGUGAUGAUGGUGGCGCUGCCCAACGGCAGGCUGGCGGCGGCCGCACAGUCCUCCAAAGCCCCGCCCCUGCCGUCCAAAUCGAAGGGCAAGCAACAACACAGGACGCAAUCGCGAGGCAAGCGUGGAGGUGAGGAGAAAGGAGGAGAAAGAGAAAGUGGUGGUGGUGGAGGAGGAGGAGGAGGGACUGGGGACAAGAAGGAGAAACGCAGGCCGCCCUACACCCCAGAGAACGAGCGGGUGCCCCUCUACUACUCCCCAGCCAGACAUGCACAUGCACCCCAAAACACGGCGGUCAAGCGGCCUGGAAAACUCAAGCUACAGGGCGCCAGCAGCCAGGCCGCUGAGAGAGCCAGCAGGAGUGGCUGGGACUCCGAGUCGGACCGGGAAGGGGACCGAGACCUCGACCCGGGCCGCGACCGUCUCUUCAGCUCCCGGCAGGCGCUGGUGUGCAGCACGCCGGGUCCGAGGGACGGCGUGUCGGACUGGUGCUCGUCGGCGGCCUCGGACGCCACGGCGCAGCUAGCCAUGGCGGCGCGUGCCAAGCGCAGCUGCUCGUUCGACGUGGGCGAGAUCACCGCCACGACGACCACAUGCUACGGCUACGCCAAGCGGCUGAGCGUGAUCUGGACGCGGCGCUCGCAGUCGCUGCACGGCAUGCUGGUCCACUGUGCCUCCUCGGCCAGCACGACAUCUAGCACGGUGAGCGACCACUACGGCCGAGCGCUGACGCACGGCUUCCUGCGCGCCUACGGCUCCAACAACUCCAACUCCUCCAACUCCAACAGCAGCAUGGCAGCUGCUGUCGGAGACCUGGAGGAGAGCAGACUGUAGGUACUGAAGUCUCAAAAUGGCUGCCGUUGCCGGAGACGUGGAGGAGAGCAGAUGAUGACGCCAUGUUGGGAAGAACCACUCUGGCUGCCUGCAGGUCUGUACAGCAUUGUAGGUUCUCAAAAUGGCCACCACCAAUGACGCCAUGUUGGACCUCAGUGGCUGACUGAAGGUCUCAAAAAUGGCCGCCAGCCGUCACACUGUCGUCUGUAGGACUACUGGGGCCAGUGGUGUAACUAUGGUCACUGUAUAGUACUGUGGUAUUCAAAAUGGCGGAUAUCGACAUGCUGAAUACGGGACUGGGGUACAGCUCCGACACUUUUGCUGUACGACAAGGAAAAUAAUGACGACAACCACCAUGCUGACCACCUCUGACCUUCAGGGGCCAUUGACGUUGACCUUGGCGGUGGCGGGAUGUAGGCGGUUGAGGAUCCACUAAAACUGUACUGAAAUUGAUAGCGACCCCCGGAAAGGCUGAACUGUGGAAAAGUUGAACUGAUUUCUGAACGAGAAAGGAGACAUGGAGAGCUGGUACUGGCUGGACUAACUCUAUAAACAGGCAGAUUAAAUGUGCUUUAAAAGAGCCCAAUUCUAUUUAGUCCAGUGUUAACUGAGGUGU